AUGGAAACGCCUGAAGAAGAAUGGGAAAACUUUGAAUCCCUUCAUAAAGCAAAAACUGUGCAUCCCAUUCAGCUACAACUGAUGCUAUCCGACACCAAGUUAGAUCGAAUGUUCAUGAGAAGAACGAAACUGAUACCGCAAAGAGCGCAUUUGCUGAGUACAGAUAAGGUUGAUUCUAGUGACUCUUUAGAUGUGCACUUCAAUCUUGGUGCUGAAGAACUUUCAAUUGGAAGCUCAGACUCGGAGGAAGACUUCCUUCUUAUAGACUCAAAAUGGGAUGACGAGAAACCCAUCUCAAUAUUCGUCACAUGGGAGAAGUAUGUCAUUGCGCUGCUAGGUGGACUAGCAGGCUUCUGGUCUUCAAUUUCGAGCCCAAUCUUUGUGCCUGUGCUUUCAGAGAUACAAGAUGCAUUUCAUGUUUCCGAAUCACUAGUCAACAUAACCAUCGUUGUCUACUCCAUAUUCCAAGGUGUCGGACCACUCGUAUUCUCAAACUUGGCUGAUACCGUUGGAAGACGUCCCAUUGUCAUUGCAUGCCUUUUAUCAUACAUCAUUGCAAACUGUCUUUUGGCAGUGAACCUGACGUUUGCAGGUUUAACUGCUCUUAGAUGUAUACAAGCAUUUUGCAUUUCGUCCACCAUUUCUUUAGGUAGUGGUAUAGCCAGUGACAUCACCACGAGAGCAGAAAGAGCAUCAUUCAUAGGGCUCACAACGGGUCUUGCGCUUUUAGGCCAGGCUUUUGGUGCGUUUGUGGGUGGAAUGAUCUCAUCUGCCUUCGGAUGGAGAGCUAUCUUCUGGUUUUUAGCAAUCUCCUCAGGUUGCACGCUCGUCAUUAUAUUCUUGCUUCUACCGGAAACUGCAUCAUCAAUCGUGGGCCCACAAGCUAAGAACCAUCCUAAGAACUUUGAAUGGCUAAUGUUUGCUCCGAUAAUGAGAUUGCAACAUUUUGCCAGUAGGCUUGAACCGCCUGCAAUCGAAAAAAAUAGAACUGAGUCGAGCACUAAGCCAAAGUUCAAUAUCUUCAAGCCACUCGAGGUCUUGAAGCAAAGGGAGGCUAUCCUAGUAUUGAUUCCAGCUUCUCUUUGUUACUCCCUAUGGUUGAUGAUGCUCACAACACUCUCUCAUGCGCUCACGAAGCAGUAUAACUACUCUCUAGAUCGUGUUGCCCUUUCAUACAUCCCCUGCGGUAUGGGUGGCCUUCUUGGCUCGCUUUCGGUGGGGAAGAUGCUUGAUCGUUCUUACCACAAACACAUGAUCAAAAGCCGGGAGGAGGGAUCAUCAUUUAAUGUUUUGAACUCGAGGCUCAUUGUUUCGAUUUUACCAUCCACCUUGUGUGUCACUUCAUCAUUACUUUUUGCAUGGACUCUUCAUUAUACGGGUCCGGUGUCACUUGCUAUCAUUGCAUCUUGCAUCAUAUCAUAUGGAGCCAUGUGUUGGUUGACCAUCUCCAGCACUGUCAUCGUGGACUUAAGACCUACGGAGGCUUCAGGUUCAUGUGCCGUGGUCAACUUAACCAGGUGUUGGUGUGCUGCAGUAUUCGUCAGCAUAUUGAGUCAAAUGGAAAGAAUGGGAACUGGCUGGUGCUACACCUUGAUGGCAUCCAUCUGCGGCCUUUCCAGUUUAUGUGUGGCAUAUUUGUACACACAUAACGACGACUGA